AUGGGCAAGAAGAAGGUUCUCGUGUGCUACGGUGUGGAUAUUGAUGCUGUUGCGGGAUGGCUCGGCUCAUACGGUGGCGAAGAUAGCACAAGCGAUAUCAGCAGAGGCUUGUGGGCGGGAACUAUUGGCACUCGCCGUCUCCUCAAGCUGUUUGACAAGUACAAUAUUAAGGCGUCAUGGUUUAUCCCAGGCCACUCCCUGGAAACCUUCCCAGAGGAAUGUGCUAUGGUGCGAGACGCAGGACAUGAGAUUGGCUUGCAUGGUUACAGCCACGAGAACCCCGUGGACAUGACACUGGAGCAGCAGCGUGAUGUUCUUGACAAGACAUGGAAGAUGCUCACUGAAUUUUGCGGGAAGCCGCCCCGUGGAAGCGUGGCUCCGUGGUGGGAAACCAGCGAGGAGGGCACUGAGCUGAUGCUAAGCUACGGCAUUGAGUACGACCACUCCAUGUCGCACCAUGACUGCCAAGCGUACUGGCUACGAACAGGGGAUUCUUGGACCAAGAUCGACUACAAGCAGAAAGCCGAGACAUGGAUGAAGCCUUUGGUCAAGGGGCAAGAAACCGGAUUGGUGGAGAUUCCCGGCUCAUGGUACAUCGAUGAUCUGCCUCCGAUGAUGUUUAUCAAGAAUUCCGCAAACUCACACGGUUGGGUGAACCCAAGAGACGUCGAAGAUAUCUGGAAAGAUCACUUUGACUACUUUUACAGGGAAUAUGACGAAUUCAUUUUCCCCAUGACAAUUCAUCCCGAUGUUUCCGGAAGACCUCAUGUGCUCUUGAUGCACGAGCGCAUCAUCGAGCAUAUUAACAAGCACGAAGGCGUUGAAUGGGUUACAAUGGCCGAGAUGGCCGAUCACUUUAAGAGCAAGAAUCCUGUCCCCGAAGGAGCGCUCAUGCCUGCGAGCAAGGAGGAGGUUAUGAAGAAGUUUGAGGAAUGGAAGAAGACACAGGCGGAGUAG